AUGGAGUCGUACUUACAUAGACAAUGUGCAGGUCAUUCUAUCAGAGGACUUGACCAAGCAUCCAGGAAGGUGAUCUUAGUGACCAUGUUGUCAUUUGAAUAUUUCAGUGGCUAUGGGAUUAUACGUGAUAUCGUUCACAGUCACGUUCUCCAAACAAUUGCAUUGCUUGCCAUGGAACCACCAGUAAGCCUUGAUGGAGAAGAUAUUCGAAAUGAAAAGGUCAAGGUUUUGAGAUCAAUUCGCAAAUUGGAGCCUAAGGAUGUCAUCCUUGGCCAAUAUAAAGCAAGUGGUGGAGCCAAAGUUGAUACGAGCUUAAAUGGUCUGACGCCUACUUAUUUUGCUGCUGCACUAUACAUUGACAAUGCACGAUGGGAUGGUGUGCCAUUUUUUAUUAAAACAGGCUUGGGACUCAUCAAACAUCAAAUGGAGAUACGGAUUCAAUUUAGAAAUGUUCCAGGGAAUGUGUACCGUGAGUGCAUCGGGCAUAACAUGGACCGAGCCGUAAAUGAGCUCAUUCUCCGUGAUGUUCCUGAUGAAGCUAUUUUGGUGAGAGUUAACAAUAAGGUUCCAGGACUAGGCUUGCAACUGGACUCUUCAGAACUAAAUUUGCUUUACAAAGACAAGUACAACAUGGAGGUUCCAGAUUCAUAUGAGCAACUUCUUCUUGAUGUCGUUGAUGGGGAUAACCAUUUGUUUAUGAGAAGUGAUGAGUUGGAAGCUGCAUGGAACAUUCUAACUCCAAUUCUGAAUGAGAUAGACAAAGACAAUAUAUCAGUGGAGCUUUAUGAGACGGGGGGUCGAGGUCCUGUGGGGGCAUAUUAUCUUUGGGCAAAACAUGGUGUCCGUUGGGUGGAGGAUUAA